GGCCGCCAUUCCCCCAAGAGAGACGCCUCAGCCCCCACACCACCCACCCCUCCGAGCACACAAGCCUUCCCUUCCCACGACCCACUCCACUUCCCCGGUGAGGCUGAGCGAUCCACCACCACACACCACGGCGACGACGCGCCACCGCGGACACGGUGGCAACAGGUUUGUUCUCUGAACCCUCUCUGCUCCUCGUACAAGCUAGGCAGGUAAAAGGAAGCCUUUUUCGGGAGCAUUUCUUGCGGGUGUUAUUGGAUCAAGCAAGAACGUGUUCCUGGAAAAAGAUUGGGGCUCUCAUUUCAACCUUUCUUCUUCCUCUUCCUGCUAGUAGGGAGAACAGAGAUCCAGGGAACCUUUUUUCUCUCCUGGAUUCUUGUCUGUGUUUCUAGAACCUUUUGGUUUCUUUUAGCUUCUUUUUCGUUUAACUUCUUUCCUUUUAGCAGCCAUAAAGGGUUGUUUUUACAAUCCCCUUUCAGGCUGCACAAACCAAGCCAACCCAUUGAUCAUCCCUGUUCUUCGCUUUUAUUGAGGAAACAGGCCCCUUUUUUUUCGAAAUUCUCUUUCUUUUUUAAAACAUUUCAGUUGUGCAAAAAAAGAUUCGAUUUUUUUAGUUUUAGUAGUCUUUUGCUCAUCUUCCUAAUGACAGCCAUAGAUUUGUCCACAAACCAGCUGAGCUCCUCCUCCUCGUCCUCCUCAGACCAGGAGCUCAUGAAAGCACUCGAACCUUUUAUCAGGAGUGCUUCUUCGCCCACCUCAUCCACCUCCACCUCUCCCUUCUCCCACCACUCUUACUCCUCUGCGCUGCCUCAAGAUUCGUACUACUUCCCCGCCUCCUCUUACGCCGCGCUCCCACCCCCGCUUGCUCCCACCGCUACCUCCUUCUCGCAGCUCCCGCCUCUGCCGCUCUCCUCCUCGUCGUACGCCUCGCCGGCGGCGUACCCGACACCGGUGAAUGCUGCGACGGGGGCGGGGCUGACCCACCUGGGGCCGGCGCAAUUCCAGCAGAUCCAGGCGCAACUCCUGGUGCAGCAGCAGAGGGGCCUGGCAGCGUCGUUUCUCGGCCCGCGGGCGCAGCCCAUGAAGCAGGCCGGGGCGGCGCCGUCGUCGGCCGUGAAGCUGUACCGCGGCGUGCGACAGCGGCACUGGGGCAAGUGGGUGGCGGAGAUCCGCCUGCCCAGGAACCGGACACGGCUGUGGCUCGGCACCUUCGACUCCGCUGAGGACGCGGCGCUCGCCUACGACAAGGCGGCCUUCCGCCUCCGCGGUGACGCCGCGUGCCUCAACUUCCCCUCCCUCCGCCAGGGCGGCGCGCACCUCGCGGGCCCUCUCGACGCCUCCGUCGAUGCCAAGCUCACCGCCAUCUGCCACAACCUUGCCGCCGCGCCCGCGUCGUCCAAGGGAAGCGCUUCCCCGGACUCGCCCAAGGCCUCACCGUCCACGUCAACCACCACAGAGGGGGACGAGUCGGUGCACUCCGCCGGGUCGCCUCCUCCCCUCCUUCCACCGUCGCAGCAGCAGGAGCCGGCACCGCCGAUCCCGGAGAUGGCGAGCCUGGACUUCACGGAGGCGCUGUGGGACGAGUCCGACGCCUUCCACCUCAACAAGUACCCAUCUUGGGAGAUCGACUGGGAUUCCAUCCUGUCGUGAUCAAGCCAAACAUAGGCUCAAUUAAGCAGUGUAAUUUUCGUCAAUUAUUAUAAUUUAUUAGUUCGCAGCGGCAGCAGUCUGAUGGAAUAUUAGACAUCGGCCGCGGCGGCUGCGAGUAGGGUUUAAGGAGUUCGUCGUACGUAGUGGUCAUCAAGGAGGGUUUAAGCUUUAGUCUUGCUAUAUUUAGUGAUCUCCUGGUUGCUUCGCCGGUUGUUUUUUUCCGGCAAGGCCAGUUGAAGGUGUAAGUGUAAUGUAUUAUGUAACUGUUGGCUACUACUGAAUUUGAAAUUUCUCUAGCCAUUCCAAAUC